AUGCCGCCCUCCAGCACUUACAGCUCGUCCGCCAGUUCCUCGCCUCCUCCCGCCCACCACGAUGACGACGAAGAGGUGAAGGAGAAAUUUGAGAAGGAUAUUAAGCAGUACCUCGACCUAUGGGAUCGCAUCCGUGACCUUGUUCAGAAAACGCCAAAGCUCAAAGGCUUGCUCGAGCUACUGACUCAACUGCACGAGGCCGGUCUGGACGCCGUGAGCGCUGAAGAGGAACGUGACGCUUUGAAAGAAGAAGGAGGCGACGAGUACCUCCGCGCGGAGGAGGAAGCCGACGAGAUCGACAAGCGCUUGAGACACCUGAGCAAGCGAGUGCACGAAGAGUACACAGACCCAGUCGCUCAACGCGUUGUGGCUUUGUGGGACGAAGCGGAUGAUCUGGUGCGCCAGUUCUCCGUGCUCCCGCCCGUUCUGAUGCCGACGCCAUCAAACCUCUGUAUCAACGACAUGUUUCACGCCAAGCGACCGGCGCUGGAAGCCUACCUGUCCGCUGCCCUCGAAGACGCAGACGAACACGUCGACAACAUCAAGAUCAAGGAACUCCGCAUCGGCAAGAAGGGCGCGCCCGCGCCGUACAAGCGCAAGCGCAACCCGGACGUCUCGCACGAGGAGGAGCACGUUCGCGAGGCCAAGCGGAGGGGGACGCUGCUGAAGCACGUAGAGCACGCGCCACACACCUUGAGCAAGAUGCGGCGAGGGCUUGGGUACCGGCAGGCGUUGCGGUACUUCGGUGUUGGGUAUUAG